UACAUCCUCCUUUGGCUCGCGCACCAUCGUCCACCACCGUAUAUACGCUGGGCGGAAUGCGAGCGGACAUUGUUUCAGACAAUAUUUGGUCAUCAAUCGCGAACACAGCGUCGCGAGCGGACAGUGCGGUGCGGUACAGUGCGGUGCGGUGUGUGCUGACAGCAGCAUGAGAGAGACGACAUGGGUUGCUGUCAGUCCAGAGCGGGAGCAGUGCGCGGUGAGUCGCCAUUUGCCAAUAAUACCAGUGCCAAUGUCGCCGGCACGCCCGACCACUCCCUGCCCAACAACUACUUAGGCAGUGUGCCGACGCAGCCUGCCGGGUCCGCCUCGAGUCGUAGAGGAGAUGGCACGGUGACUCGACCAAACCAGCCCAUUCAGCCGCCCGAGCCGGUUCGACACAGCCCGAAGAACUUCUCCUACCACCAGCCGCCGUGGACCAGGGCCAUCCUCGAGCAGCAGCGGAAAGAGUUCUUUGACACGAGAACGAACAACAGUCGGGAGGUAUGGAAUGCGCUGGCCCUGGUUGCGGAAAGCAUGCGGCACGGCGAUCUGGCGCAAGCGCAGGCCAUCAUGGACGCCGCGAACAUUACGUGCCCCCACGGGAGGGUGGCCCGAGGUCGGGGCAAGAACAGACAACUGGAGGGAGUGUAUGAUUCGCGAGGCAAACUGUACGAGAUACCGUAUUGGCUGGUCACAGACCCAGCGGACAUUAUCGAGCAGGGAGAUGAUGAGAAGGACACCGACGACACGAGAGACGACGCCACCUCUCUCCAGGGGGCGACGCGAGAGAAGGGGAAGGGGCGGGCUGAUGGGGAUAUCGGUAACGAGGUGCGCGUGACGGCGCGUUUGAACAAUACCGCGAGAGACGUGACUGUGGACAUUGGUACGAAACAGACCAUUUCCGUGCUGAGACGAAAGAUCGAAGAGCAGAGCCAUGUCCGACUGAAAAGGCUCAUACAUCUGGGGAAAAUUUUGAAUGAUGAUCAGACUCUCGAAGCGACGGGUUGGAAACCAGGCCAAAUAUUGAGCGCAUUUGUGGACGAAGGCACGACUUAACGUGCGUGCCCUGACGCUACGGUACUACCAAGAGACGACGACAUGGUGGUGGUGGUGGUGUUGGUGGUGGUGCUGCAUGGCCGGGAGGUACUUUGGAGACAAGGAAAAAAGGGUCAGGACAAGGAGGAUAGGAGGAUGUUUGGGGUCAUCAGACGAUACCACGGCGCAACAGGACGGUCGGUCUCCUCUUCAUGAUGAUCCAAUGGUGGUGAUGAGCGGCAGGUCUCAUCAUUGCAGCUUUGUGUUGUUGUAGUGAUUCAUGUAGAAUAUGGAAGACGGACACACCUCUCAAG